UCAUUUAUUUACUUAUUAGUCUACUUUUUCUUUUUAAUUUACACUUUUAUUUUAAUAUUAACGUAAUUAUUAAUUAUCACGCGAAAUGACACAUGGGAAAUGAGGACCGUCUAUCAUUCUGACAAGGAAGAUGGAGUUGGUGGGAAAGAAAAAUGCCACAUCGCCUAUUUGGCAAUAUUUCGGGUUUACACCAGAUGAAAAAGGUGAACCCGCCGAUGUCACGCAGGCAGUUUGCAGACUUUGCUCGGAGGUUGUGCCGGUAAAAGGAUCACAAACCACAAACAUGUACGUACAUUUGCGUGGCCGCCACCCUGCUGAGGCUGCUAAACUAGCGCCAAGAGAAGGCACGAUUAGCAAAGAUCGAAGUCAGCCAUCAAUCAUCGGAGCUUUUUCAAAAAGCACAAAGUAUAAAAGAAACAGUGAAAGGUGGGCUCAGUGCACUGCAGCUGUAUCGAAGUACAUUGCGAAGGAAAUGGUCUCCUAUCAUACAGUCGAGAAAGCAAGCUUUAAAGACCUGCUUCAAACCUUUGAUAAACAGUACGAGCUGCCUGGGCGCAAGUACUUCACCGAAACAGCUAUCCCAAACUUGUACAAUGAAACUAGGGACAUCAUUGCUAAAGAUCUGAAAGCUGCUAACUUUGUUGCUUUGACCACAGACAUGUGGUCAAGCAUAAACAUGACCCCCUAUAUGUCUGUGACAGUCCAUUAUAUUUCGGAAGAUUGGAAGCUAGAAGCAAAAUGCCUGGAAACAACAUUUAUUCCGGAGAAUCACACUGCAGAGGUACUGGCUGAGGCGCUGUCAGAUGCCAUGCAAGAUUGGGACAUAGAACCGAGUAAAAUUUCAUGCAUUACAACUGACAACGGGGCCAAUAUUGUUGCGGCCAUACGAAGGCUCGGAUGGCCAUGGCUGAACUGUUUUGGCCAUAACUUGAAUGUGGCAGUGAAUUAUUCUCUACAAAAGGAGAAAACAAAAACUGAUCGCGCUCUUGGAAUCUGUCGCAAUAUUAACGGGGCAUUUUCUCACAGCUGGAAGAGGCGACAAGAGCUCCGCAAGGCGCAGGAACAGCUAAAUUUACCUCAACGUAUGCUGAUAACGCUACAGAAAUUAUUAUAUUUUAUUUGCUUAAUAUUUAUCUUGUGGCACAACCAUCUUAGUGAAAAAUAAGAAAAAAUAUAUUUUUUUGUCAGACUAGAA